CCACUCAACGUAAACUUCCGUGCUUCGUACGCGAAUAGGGAAGCAUGCAUACGACCAUGGGCAUGUUGUGUUUCUCAUAAAAUAGCAGUCAAACAAAAGCGUGCAUUAUAAAGUCCCGUGUAAGUUGUGGCUGAUAACAUGGGGAAAAAAGAUAAAGGAGAUCGAGAGCGCAAGUCGUCCAAGAAGCGGUUUCACGAUGAGGAGGACGAUGAGGAGGAGGCGGCCGGAGGCGACACGCAGGAGGCCAUCCCCGCCGCGGCGGGUAAACAGGUGGAUGAAGCCGCUAUCAAACAGGACGAGUACGGGGCUAAAGACUACCGGCUUCAGAUGCACCUGAAGAAUGAUUACGGAUCGCGUCCUCUUUGGGUGGCCCCAGACGGCCACAUCUUCCUCGAGGGUUUCUCUCCCGUCUACAAGUAUGCCCAGGACUUCCUGGUAGCCAUAGCUGAGCCUGUGUGCCGGCCCAUCCACCUCCACGAGUACAAGCUGACGGCGUACUCUCUCUACGCGGCCGUCAGCGUGGGCCUGCAGACCUCCGACAUCAUCGAGUACCUGGAGAAGCUCAGCAAAACCUCCGUCCCCGAUGGCAUAGUGCAGUUCAUCAAGCUCUGUACUGUGAGCUACGGCAAGGUCAAAAUGGUCCUGAAGCACAACAGGUACUUUGUGGAGAGUGCGUUCCCUGAGGUCAUUCAGCGUCUGCUGCAGGAUGCGGUGGUGAAAGACUGCCGUCUGCGCACAUCUGAGGGAGAGGAGACGGAACUCAUAACGGAGAUCAUCUCUAGCAAACCCGCGAUCUCUAAGUCAGCGUCUGACAUCGGGGGCCCGUCCGCCGGGGCUCCUGGAGAAGGGCCCAAUGGGGGCCAGGUGCCCGAGGACAUCUACAGCUACUACGAGCAGAUGGACAAGGACGAAGAGGAAGAGGAGGAGACGCAGACCGUGUCCUUUGAGAUCCGGCAGGAGAUGAUCGAGGAGCUGCAGAAGCGCUGUAUCCAGCUGGAGUAUCCCCUCUUGGCCGAGUACGACUUCCGCAACGACACGGUGAACCCGGACAUCAACAUGGACCUGAAGCCCACGGCCGUGCUCCGGCCCUACCAGGAGAAGAGCCUCCGCAAGAUGUUCGGCAACGGCCGCGCCCGCUCCGGCGUCAUCGUCCUGCCCUGCGGCGCGGGGAAGUCUCUGGUGGGCGUGACGGCGGCGUGCACGGUGCGUAAGCGCUGCCUGGUGCUGGGCAACUCCUCGGUGUCGGUGGAGCAGUGGAAGGCCCAGUUCAAGAUGUGGUCCACCAUCGACGACUCGCAGAUCUGCCGCUUCACGUCCGACGCCAAGGACAAGCCAAUCGGCUGCUCCGUGGCCAUCAGCACCUACUCCAUGCUGGGACACACCACCAAGCGCUCCUGGGAGGCCGAGCGGGUCAUGGAGUGGAUGAAGAGCCAGGAGUGGGGACUCAUCAUCCUCGACGAGGUGCACACCAUCCCUGCGAGGAUGUUCCGGCGUGUUCUGACCAUCGUCCAGGCCCACUGCAAGCUGGGACUGACGGCGACGUUGGUCCGAGAGGACGACAAGAUCGUCGACCUGAACUUCCUGAUCGGGCCGAAACUCUACGAGGCCAACUGGAUGGAGCUGCAGAACAACGGAUACAUUGCCAAGGUCCAGUGCGCUGAAGUGUGGUGUCCCAUGUCGCCGGAGUUUUACCGGGAGUACGUGGCCAUCAAGACGAAGAAGCGCAUUCUUCUCUACACGAUGAACCCCAACAAGUUCCGCGCCUGCCAGUUCCUCAUCCGCUUCCACGAGCGCCGCAACGACAAGAUCAUCGUCUUCGCCGACAACGUCUUCGCCCUCAAGGAAUACGCCAUCCGCCUCAACAAACCCUACAUCUACGGACCCACGUCACAAGGAGAGCGGAUGCAGAUUCUGCAGAACUUCAAACACAAUCCCAAGAUCAACACCAUCUUCAUCUCCAAGGUGGGUGACACGUCCUUUGACUUGCCCGAAGCGAACGUUCUCAUCCAGAUUUCUUCUCAUGGUGGCUCUCGCCGGCAGGAAGCUCAGAGGCUCGGCAGAGUCCUCCGCGCCAAAAAAGGGAUGGUAGCGGAGGAGUACAAUGCCUAUUUCUACUCGCUGGUGUCUCAGGACACUCAGGAGAUGGCCUACUCCACCAAGAGACAGCGCUUCCUCGUCGACCAGGGAUACAGCUUCAAGGUGAUCACUAAGAUGGCCGGGAUGGACGAGGAGGACCUGAUGUUCUCCUCUCGCGAGGAGCAGCAGAUGCUCCUGCAGAAGGUGAUAGCCGCCUCCGACCUGGACGCGGAGGACGAGGUGGUCAGCGGCGAGAUGGGAGGCGGGAGGCCUCAGUUCUCGAGGCGUCCGGGUGCGAUGAGCUCCAUGUCGGGGGCCGAUGAUGCGUUCUACAUGGAGUACCAGUACGGGCGGGGCAGCAGAUCAGCGGCGGCAGCAGGCAAGCACCUCCACCCCCUCUUCAAACGCUUCCGCAAGUAACCCCUCUGCCAUGGCCAACCACCCCUCAGCCACGGCAAACUGCCCCUCAGCCACGGCAAACUGCCCCUCUCGAUGCCCCUCCACCCCGCUUCUCUCCAAUCUGAAGUCUUUCAGUGGUGCAGCAGAGGACUAGGGAUGUUUCCAAGACGACUAGAGGACGUGACCUUUAACCCUGACUGUGUCUACACCCCCCCGCACCCCCCCCAGCACCGACGGUGUGCUGAUAGCGUCAUUAGGCCUCCGUUUUUUGGAGUCGUUGUUUUGUUCUUAAUUCUCGAACUGAUUUGGUUCAUUUAGUCUCCAGUCUUGGACUCAGCUGGUCCGUGUACGGGGCUCAACGUGCUGUUUGCUUGGGGAAGAAGUCAUUGGAGUUCAUUCGUUUAUUCGGCUCCCUUUCUCUUCCUAGAAAUAAACACAUUAAUGACUGAAUUCGUCAAACUAAACGAGGCACGCCUAUAUGACCUUCCUUUGUGGGGAUGUUCGACUCGUAUGGGGGGUAUCAGAUGCCCCCCCCCCCCCAA